UGGGACGCAGUACCCCCAUUAUCUGGCAACGCUGCGUAACCGUCGCACUGUCAUCGUUCGACGGAUCAUGACUCCGUGCCGUCCGUGCUCGUGUCUCUGCUUCUUCUGCCUGUCCAUGUUCCUCGCGAUACCGCGACGCACGAACUGACAGUUCCGAUGCUUACGAGCGUACCAGCACCGAUCGCCAUAUGCGAACAACAAUGUCUGGAAGCAGCGAUUCAGAGGAAUUCUUCGACGCAGAAGACGACACCUUCCACCGCGCCUCUCGAUUCUGUAAAAAGCAAAGCACAAGAUUCUAUCAUUGUUGAAACACAAGACGAAAAAGCAGUGGAAACUAGCAAAGAAGCAGAUGAUAGUAUAUUUGUGAAGCCAGCUGAACCUAAGCCAUUUAUUGAUGCUAAGAAUGAUGUGGAGACAGAAAGGAAACAGAGCACAGAUAAAUCUGAAGAUGAUGGAAAAGCUACAGGCACUGACAAAAUUGUGGGUAGGAGACGAUUUCGAGAAUUGCGUCAACGAAUGCAGACCGAGGACGACGAUAUUCCAGUUAAUAGCUCUCCUCCAGAUAGUCAAACAUCCUCCAUAGAGGGUGUUUAUCCUACGCCCUCAAAAACAUCCCAUCCAUUCCGAAUUAUCGAGCACGAUACUCUUAGUUUACAAAGCAUGACUUCUUUAGGACGUAUCGGUCGUAUUUUGGGAGGAGUCUCAGACAAUACAUCUGGGAUCGUUCCACCAGGUGUGUCCCAAUGUCCCCCACCCACUCCCCUCUCAAGAGAAACUCCAAUGUCCUCUAUGGCUAGCAUUCCAAGCAAAGACGAAGACACUGCCUCGGGUAAGAUGUCCCAGUCAUCCAGCAUCCUUACCCUAUCCGGGGAUGUUCUUCAGGAAUCAUCUGCGAAUGAGAAAUCAAAUUGUCCCUCGCAAAGUAACGCGACUGUGAUCCUCCAAGAACCUGAUGUCAUCGCCAGCACUAAGAGCAAUUGCAAACACGUGGAAAAUUUGCAAGAUGCAUCUUCAGAGCCCGGGAUGCCGGUCGCGCCACCACGACGUAAAAAGAAAUCGAAACCGCUAACACCUACCGAUCUUGCUCCAUCUGUGGCAGAGGCAUUGGUACCUGCAUCGUCACUGCCAAGUCCAGCAAGUACUAUAGAAUCUAUUACUAGAGAAUUUGAGCAUUCCCUUGACAUACGAUCAGCAACUAAAGGACAAUACGUUGUUAAGCCACAGGAUGAAGAUAAAUCCAGGGCUGAAGGCCCAUCAUCUGAAGAAUUAGAAAGGGUGGAAAGAAUGAAGUCUGAGCUUUUGAGUAUGCGCUCUAGUGAAAUGUCGAACAGUCCUCUAGGGUCUAUUUCCACUAAUAGCAUCGGUCGAUGUUCGUUAGGUCCCCAUAGACUCUCAGGUUUCAAUACUCAAGGAUCGAAAGAGAGACGAAAGUCUGCUGGUGAUCAGGAUAUGGUCAAACAAUUAAACAUGUUUGUGAGAACAAGAACAGAUUCUGGAAAACGAUUGACAGACAUGGAAAUCCUGGAGCAAGUAACUGUAUUAAAUUUGGAUACCGGUGAGAGAGUACCGUUGAGCAUAGCAGAAGACAAGCUACCGCAAUGUAUUAAUCCGUUGUCUCUACACAUCAUGAGAUUGACAUCAGAAUACAUAAGCAAUUCAAGCUUGGAGAAAGAAAAAGAGAGUGACGAAGAGAGUGUAGAUAGUAAAAUGUCAAGUAUACCUCCAGACGAAGAUGUAGCUGUAGGUAGAGUUCGCAAAAGGACACAAAAGCUCAAGAGAUUCCUGGGCUCAACAGUGAAGAAAACAAUGGACAAGGCAAAAUCAAUAGCUCAGGAAGUAUCUCAUGCAAGACACAAGGAAGACGUACUGGAUAUAGUAGACGAUGUAUAUCCUGGAGAGCAACAAUAUAUAAAACUAAAAGCAUCAAACAGUCACAAGGGUCCUUACGAAUUUUCAUGUCUACAGCAUGUGCAAGAUCUCAGCGGAGAGCAUGUUGGGCCAGUUUGGUGUAUGAAAUUUUCAGCCUGCGGUCGUCUGCUGGCCACAGCUGGUCAAGAUCGUGUCCUGAGAAUUUGGGUGCUUCGAGAUGCCUUUGCUUAUUUCCAGGACAUGCGAACAAAGUACAAUGCAGAAAAAGUGAGUCCGACACCAUCACAAGAGUCUCUGGUAUCGCAAAAAUCUCUAGAAGAUCCCAAUGUGAUAACUAGUGCGUUUAAUGAAAUCGAAGGUACGAAGAGUCCAUUUAUGCCAAAGCCAUUCUGCACAUACACAGGACAUACAUCUGACCUCCUCGAUGUCUCCUGGUCUAAAAAUUACUUUGUCCUAUCAUCAUCGAUGGAUAAAACAGUACGACUUUGGCACAUAUGCCGUAAGGAAUGUCUGUGUUGUUUUCAACAUAUUGAUUUUGUAACUGCGAUAGUCUUUCAUCCACGAGAUGAUCGUUACUUCCUGUCCGGGUCUCUAGACGGCAAACUCAGAUUAUGGAACAUCCCCGACAAGAAGGUAGCAGUCUGGAACGAGGUGGACGGCCAUACUAAAUUAAUAACAGCUGCUAAUUUCUGUCAAAAUGGAAAAUUUGCAGUCGUCGGUUCAUACGACGGACGUUGUAUAUUUUACAAUACGGAUCAAUUGAAGUAUCAUACUCAGAUCCAUGUACGUUCUACAAGAGGUAAAAAUUCAACCGGUAGAAAAAUCAGUGGAAUAGAGCCAAUGCCUGGCGAGGACAAGAUUUUAGUUACCUCGAAUGACAGUCGUAUAAGACUUUACGACCUGAGAGACUUGAAUCUUUCCUGCAAGUAUAAAGGCUACGUGAAUGUCAGUAGUCAGAUAAAAGCCAGCUUCAGUCCAGAUGGCCAGUACAUAGUUAGUGGUUCUGAAAAUCAGUGUAUAUACAUAUGGAAGACUCAUCACGAUUAUUCAAAGUUCUCAAGUGUGCGACGUGAUCGUAAUGACUUUUGGGAAGGUAUCAAAGCUCACAAUGCCGUUGUGACUUGUGCCGUAUUCGCACCGAAUCCUGAUAGCAUUAUCAAGCAGAUUGAAGCACGAGAGCAAUGGGAGGCUAGGGACGAUCCAAAGAACCUGGGGAACGCAGCAUCACCCGAUGCACCAGUUGAUCCGGUCGUGGAGCAGCGUACAAAAGGCUGCGGCGGCCAUGUUCUCGUCAGCGCCGAUUUCAAUGGAUGCAUCAAAGUGUUCCUCAACAAAACGAAACCAAAGCACAGUUCUUUACCAGCUUCUGCACUUGCGUAAUUCACUAUCGCAAUUUUCUUUCGGAUUUUUUUUUUAAAUCCACUUUAGUCGCCAUCCAUUCUUGCCUCCUAUUCACCUCGGAUACUUUCUUUUUUUAUCUUUUUACAUUUUUUUCUCGCGUCUCUCAAUAAAUUACUUGCAAUUUAAACUUUAAGAGCUUUCCCGUAAUUAGACGAUGUCUCAAUGAUGUAAAGAAUUGCACUUUCUUUACCUUCAGGUACUUAAAGUUUAACUACUGAAAUUCCCGAGUAUUCUUUCUCAAUUCCAACUCUCAGUAUGGUGCGACGAAUUAUCGAUUGCCAGUAAUACAGUUUUUAUACAGCAACGAUCAUUGGCGUUUCUAAUUGAAAAUCAACCUGCGGACUCAUUGCGCGUUUCUUUUAUAUUGUCAAUCAAUUUUCUUAUCGGUGUCUUUAAUUGUCAUUGUACAUGUAUAUAUGUUACUGACCCACACGCAGUGGGUCGUACUAAUUCCUGCUUAAUAAUCUGCUGCUUUGUGUACGUGAAUUGGCAUUUGUAUAAACGACAGCCAUUUAUCACUGUGUUUUGUACAUGGUAAAUGGAGUCUAAUAUUUUUAUUCAUCUACACGUUGACGUAAUGUAUUAUCAAUGAUUAACGGUACCCACUCCACUGUUUUUGGAUUAACACCCCAUUCGGGAUAUCGUUGCUAUUCUUUUGCGCAGAGCGUAACGCGCAUGUACGUGGAAUAUGAAUAAGAGAUUCAAUCAAUUAUCUGACACGUACUGAACAAGGUGAUUAGUAGAGAUACGAAUAUUAAUUUUUUUUCUCCAUUAAGCUGCGCUUUGUUAAUUAGUGCCUCGCGGUAAUAAUGAUUUUAGAUACAGUUGUGAUCGAUUCGAUGUUUGGCCGAUUGACUAAAAUUGAUUAAAAUUUUUCAGCUACGGUUACACAAUAUGUAUUAUCAUUAUAUAUGAAUAUUGAUGCGUGCCUACUGUUUGGCUAAUCGGCCCCGAUCGAGUUAGACUUUUCUAAGAUUUUCACGUAAUCGUACACCACUCUUGUUGCAUUGGUGUAUCGCAUCGAAGACAAUAUGGAAAAAAAAAAGAAAAAAAAACUUAAAUUAAACCGGAAUAGAUUUAACGUCACACAAAUUUUUUCUAAGAUUGCCAUUAAAUAUUUUUAGACAAAAAAAUGGAUUUGAAUUGUGCACCAAACGGUAUCGCUAUAUGGGAGGCACGUGUUAAGUGUAACAAUUAUUAUAAACACCGAGUGCACUUUUCAUGCUUGUCAUUUUAUUUUUUACAUAAACACUUCAUUGGAUAGCUUUUUUGAAAAAUAGAACUUUGCCAUUGUAUAGAAUCAUUUAAUUAUUUUCAUAUGUCAGUGGUAUCUGGUAAUGGCACUCUUUCGCGUUAAAUCGAGCCUCGUUCUUACAGCAGUAUUUUACUUGUAACAAUAUGUUAGGAAUGAGUAAAGAAAAUUAUUGUAUUAAGAAAUACGAAAUAUCUACGCAAUCGUACAGUUUGUCAAUUCACGCGUUCAGAGUUUAAGUUAAAUAUUUUAAAGAAGAAAUCGAAUUACGAAAUUCACGGUGUGGAUGGGUCAUUGUAAUUAAAUGUAGUUGACGUCUGUAGAAAUUUUUAGAGCAGUGCCGAUCUGGCUGAUCGAUUAUGCAUGAGCAGCUACAUCAAUUCUAAUUAGGGAUACCAUCUUCUUGUGACUUGUGGCUAUAACGUAAAAGAGUACUUUGAAUUUGGAAUUGACAUUCCGACUCUGUUGUAACUCUUGUAAUGUGACUCGUGAGAUAUUAAUGGACUAUUUGUUAUCGAUUUGAUGCUAAAUUAAUGUUCAAUGAAAAAUAUCGGAAUGACGUUUACGAACGGCGAGGAUAAUUAAGUACGAAAUUCGUUAAUUAAAAUCCAGUCGAAGUUACGUUAAUUUAAUUCUGACAGUCGUGAGAUGAAUUAAAUUACGUACUGAUAACGAUAAUUAACCAUUAAGGAAUGUGAAAAGAAUUGAAUUUCGGAUUAACGAAAAAAGAAAUUGCGAAUUUUAAAUUUUCAUGCUGGCACUUUAACACCAGAAGCUAAAUGUUCCUAUUAGCAGAGUAGUUUGCGUGAAAAUGGCAAUUAAGAAGUUCAAUCUUUUUUUGAUUUUGCGAAUAAAAGAAAAUCGAACAAAUCCAAUGAAAGCGUCACGAAGAAAAUCGCACGCGGCUAAGCGCCAAGAGCUACGAUUCGCAAUGAAUUAUGAGACGUUCGAAUGAAAUAAUUGUAAAUAUGCAAAGAAAAAUGAGAAAAGAUAAAUUAGGGGAAAGAAAGAGAAGAAUACGAAGAAAGGGAGAGUGAGAGUCUCGAUACUUUGUUGUAAAUGCAAUUGUAAAUAUUUUUAAUCGCAUAGCGCAAACGCUUAGCGAUAAUGAUGAUUGCCAUAACGACACAGGACGUGCACAAAAUAAUUCUUUGUGAUCUAAAUGGUAACCGUGUAUUGUAAAAAAGAGAGGGAGUAAGAGAAAGAAAAGAAAAAAAGAAAAUAAAACAAACAGGAAGUGUGUACCGACAAUGUAUUAAUUGCAACUGAAAUGUGUCUGUGUUUUUUAGGUUAUCAUCACGCGGAAAUAUAAAUCUGUAACGAUCA